AUGAGCCUUUACUGCCAGAUCUGGAGGAUCUUACAGAUAAUAUUUGUUACAAUCAUAGCAGUUCUAACACAAGAUCUGAGCAGUAAAGAGCUGACUGACAGUAAGAGCCCAGUGCCUUUCCCUGUCUUCUUGCCGGUCAACUAUGAGGUGCGUGAUGCUGACUACCUCUUCCUUAAGGAGGCCGGGCAGGACUUCAUGAGGAACUCCAGCAUGCAGAGUCACACACAGUCCUUUGUUAUCUUAAGAGUCAAUCGCCAGCCAAUUGUCAGCGCAAGCUAUGGCACUAUGUCCACAGAGCAGCUCGUGCCUCUUGAUCUGGUCCAAUCAGUGCGGCUCUUCAAUGCUCCCGAGGUCUUCACCUUUAAUUGGAAAAUCCAGGCCUUUGUGCUGACCCCGCGGGUUUUCUCCUCCAAGCCCAAAGUGCGGGUGCUCUUCUAUGUAGCAGGGAGAGACUGGGGCAGAGGGGAAGAAGCUGCAGAUGAGCUACCGUGUGUGACAGUGUAUGCUUUCUGGCAAACGCAGGAGGUGAGGGGUUCUUGUGCACUGGGAGGCGAGAGGGGAACCUGCAUGGCUGAGCUGGCUCCUGCGCCUGGCUGGUUUGCUCCUGGUUCAGAGGGCACCAGUAGGGAGAGGCAGGACCCAUCUACUGGGAACCCUGUGGAGCUGUAUUACCAGGCUCAGCCCAAAGUCAAUGGGAAGUGUAAUUCUCUGGAUGCAAGCCGCUGGGGUAGUUCACAACAGCAGGCUGAAUAUGUUCCUGUCACUCCCAUGCAGAGGAUUGGCAGCGUACGUCUCCUUCAGGUGCCCAAAGGAAUGGCAACCCUCUCUAGACUCAAGCUUGGUAAUGCCAUAGUCAUUCGGACAUCCUCCAAACCACUGAAGAAGACCGACAUUGCCACCUUCUACAUACUCAUGGCCAGCUCUGCUCAGCUGACUAACUUCACUCUCAGAGCGACAGUAAAGAAAGGUGUGACCUUUCGAACAGCGACACCCAGUAACUCUUUACUGUGGGACAUCACUCUGGAUAUGGGUGCAGAUGGAGCCAUUGCUGUUAUUUGUCAGAGGAAGGCUCCCAUUCCUGGAAAAAGGCUUGAAAGCAGUCUGCUGGAGGUGCUUCAGAUGGAUUUUGAGGUUGAAGAGCUGAGCAGUCCUCUCGACAGUCAGGUGAUCAUAUGGAGGCUGGAGCUCCCGUCCGCAUCCAAAAAUGUUGCAAAGACUGAGGGAGCCAUGAGGAUCUAUACCACUCAGAGAGACUUUGUUGGCUUGGCUCCUCUUGUGAUGGACACAGAGAUCCUUAACACAGCUGUACUGACUGGAAAGAAGGUGGUGAUGCCUGUGAGAACAGUCGCUGUGGAAGAAGAUGGUUUAGUGACUGAUGUCUCUGACUACACAGACUGUAGCUCCACUGAUGAGGAUGUCCUGAAGGUGUCAGACAGAUGCGACUAUGUUUUCUUAAAUGGCAAGGAGACAAAAGGCAAAGUGAAGAUGAUGGUGAACUUUACCUACAGCUACCUGAGUGCUCAACUCGAACUGAACGUGUGGAUGCCCCGUCUCCCCCUCCAGAUUGAGGUGUCAGACACAGAGCUGAGCCAGAUCAAAAGUUGGAGGGUGCCUAUACUAACAUCCAAGAGACCUGGCUGGAACAGUGAAGAAGAUGACAGGAAGGGGAAGGGCUGCAUGCUGCAAUUUCAGCACGCCUUGGUGCGGGUGCUAACACACUUCAUGGCGGAGCAAGCAGACCCUCGGGACCCCAAAGUCUAUUUCCUAGGCUCUGAUUGGCAGGUGGAUGUCACAAGGCUGGUUCGAUACUUCAUGAAGGUGGAAGAUCCCCGUGUGGCGAGGUUACAGGCAGGAAGGAUACUAUCAGGACGAGAUCUUGGGAGCACCAGCAUUCAGGUGUUUUCUCCACUUUCUGACACAAUUCUGGCCAAGACAACUAUCAAAGUUGUGGAUGACAAAGUGACCAUCACAGAGUUGGGGGUUCAGCUGGUUACGGGCCUCUCCAUGACCCUGCAGCUCAGUGCAGGAAGCAACAGGGCUGUUCUAGCAACCACAACCACACAGGAGGUUCUACAAAGCCCCAAACAGGAAGCUUUGGUCAGUACCUGGGUCCAGUUCAGUGAUGGCAGCCAGACACCACUUGACAUUUAUGAUCCAGCUUAUUACCGUGUGACAGUGACAUCUUUGGAUGAGGGGGUGGUGUCAGUGCAAGGCACACCUCCGACUGUAGUGGCAGAGGGAGAGGGCGAAGGAGUUUUGGUGAAAGUAGAAAUGUCCAUCUGUGAGGCCUGCCAGAAGUCCAAACGCAAAAGCACUGUGGCUGUGGGCAACGGCAGCCUUAAGGUCAAGUUUCAGUUGAACAGCCGGUACUCAAACAGCACUACCAGCGGUAUUGACAGCAGCACUGUUGGCACCGGAGGAAAUAAGGACAAAGGCAGUGACUAUGGGAAUGACAGAGAGGUGGACAGCAAGAGGAAGCAGAGGAAGCCAUCCCAGGAUACUCCACCACGUAGCCCAACCUCAGAGAGAGAGGACAGCGCCAUGCAGAAGAUCACAACUACAAUCAAAUCCACAGAAAGAACCUUCAUAACCAGCGGCAGCCUCGGGGGAGUGGGUAAGACGAGCAAUUCCGGAAAUCCCAGCAGUCCUACCAGUGUGGUCAAUAUCAGUGUAAUGAGUAGCCCAAGUGACAGCAACAAAGCAUAUGGCUCAGACAAUAUGAUAGUGGAAGAUAUGAGCAGCGUUAGCUUCACGAGUACUGUGAAGGCCCCUGGUAACCUAGUAAACUACAACAACUUCCCCACCAAGGUCGAGGUUCCUGGACAGGAAACAGCGGACAUAGAGAUUGGUGGUGAGGAAAUGUUGGCCAACAGGCCUCUCACAGACUUAGAGAUUGGCAUGUACGCUCUGUUGGGGGUCUUCUGCCUGGCCAUCCUGGUGUUUUUAGUAAACUGUAUCUCAUAUGUUAUUAAGUUCAGACAUAAGAAGCCUCCUUCUCAUGGUCAGGAGCCCACAGGGCACAGGCAUGACUGGGUGUGGCUAGGAACAGAUGCUGAGUUGGUGAUGAGUGUGCCAGGCAGCCCUGUCCAGCAAGACUCCCAGACUACAACCACCGUGAUUGACAUUGGGCCUGAUAAAACUGCAUCUUUGUCCAGAAGGCCAAGUUGCCUAGCCUCUGUUACAGACUCUCCCCUUAGCUGUGUGGGGUCCCUUAGGAGCAAAACUAUGCACACCGAGUCCCUCCACUCACCCACCAGUAAGAGAAAGAGAGUCCAGUUCACCACCUUUUCCACACUGGAGCGCCAGCAUUCACCACAUCUCCCUCCCAGGGAGAAUGGCCAUGGCAUCCACUGGGUUGGGAAAGAGGACAGCUGUGAGGAGGAACCCCAAGUGCCCAUCACAGAGCCUGGGGACCACUUAUAA